CCGACCCGAGGGAGAAGGGGUCCGGGACCGGCGCGGGGACCGCGUCCGCUGGGCGGGCCGGGGUGGGAGUCGGUGGCGCCCGAGCGCUGCGCUCCCGGUGGCACCUGCGCCCGUCCUGGGGCCAUGCAGCCGCGCCUUCUUGGCGGGCCGCGCCCGACGCCAGCUCUGCCUGCCCUGGAAGCUGCUUUCCCAAGAGAAGAGGAUGGCUGCUGGGUACCCGCCCCCCUGGCCCCAGGACUUAGUGACCUUCGAGGACGUGGCGGUGGACUUCUCCCGGGACGAGUGGGAGAUGCUCGAUUCUGCGCAGAGGCGGCUGUACCGAGAGGUGAUGCGGGACACCUGCGCGAACCUGGCCGCCCUGGGAGCCUUGAAGAACCAGAGUUCUGAUAGAGGCAUUGACGAUGGCACACUUUCCCCAACACAAGCCUCUCGGGUCUCCAGUCCUUCCCCAUGGGCUGGGUGUACACUCUUUCUACCAGUGGUGCCUUUCCACUUGGAGCCAGGAGAAGCCAUGUGGACGGGGGCACAAAGAACUCCCCAAACCUCCUGUUCAGAUUUGGAGACUAGUCUGAAAAGCCAAGAGUCAAUUUAUAAGAAGGUGGUUUUAGAGGAGGAACCGCCCAGUGGUAUGAAUAUCAUAAAGCUCCCCAAAGAAGACUGGGGUUGUGGUCAACUUGAGGAGAACCAUAAAGACUUUCACAGGCUUUUGAGGCAAGCGGCACACACCCAAGUAGAGGCAUUUGCUCCAGGGGAAGCCACUGCCUGGCAUGAGUUUGGGGAAACCUGUAGUAUGAGCUCAGACCUGGCUUUAUCACAAGGAGGUUUCAUUGGAAAACAUUUCCAUGACUGUGAUCUUGAUAUUGGGAGUUUGGUAGCUGAUCCAUUCUUAAAGCAUCAUCAGGUGGGAUAUUCAGACCAGAAGCCCUGUGGAGGGAAUGAAUAUGGAAAAGACAUCAGCCAAAACAGUCCCCUUAUUCAAAACAGAAGAACUGGAACUUGUACGUAUGCAGAAAGUGGGGAGUCAUUUAAUCAUGGUACGGCUCUUACAACACACAACACAGUUAAUACGGUGGGGAAACCCUAUGAAUGUUACCAUUGUGGGAAAAUGUUUAAUCGGAGGCAUUCCCUGAGUGAACAUCAGAGAAUACAUACAGGAGAGAGACCAUAUGAAUGUCAGGAAUGUGGGAGAGCCUUUACGCACAGCUCAACCCUCACACGACACUUGAGAACUCAUACUGGAGAGAAGCCCUAUGCGUGCAGUGACUGUGGGAAAGCCUUCAACAGAAUAUCGUCUCUUACCCAGCAUCAGAGGAUUCACACAGGGGAAAAGCCCUAUAAAUGCAAAGACUGUGGAAAAUCCUUCUGCCAGAGUUCCUACCUGAUCUUGCACAAGAGAACGCAUACUGGUGAGAAGCCCUACGAAUGUAAUGAAUGUGGAAAGGCCUUCAGUGAUCGCUCCUCACUUAACCAACACGAGCGAACUCACACUGGUGAGAACCCCUAUGAAUGUAAUCAGUGUGGAAGAGCCUUCAGCCAGAGGUCUUCCCUCGUUAGGCACGAGAGAACUCACACUGGAGAGAAACCGUAUAGCUGUAAUGAAUGUGGGAAAGCGUUCAGCCAGAGCUCAUCCCUUAUCACCCAUCAGAAAACUCACACUGGUCAGAAAACCUAUAAAAUAAUUGAUUGUGGGAAAGCUUUCUAUCAGAGCAGCCACCUUAUUGGAUUUUAGAGAUUGCAUGCUGCUCUGUAAAGUAACUUUUAGCACUCUACUAUGUAAGUGUGGUUAGGGUUUGCUCUUCUGCUGUAACAUUUGAAAAGAAAUAGACGUGUGCCACAUUCUUGAAGAAAAGCACUGAGGUCUAGAUCUAAGAAGGGACCUUUUCAUGGGGAAAAUUGCCGUUGAGCUAUGCCCAAUGCCUGUCCUUUUGAAAAAGAUUUUUUUUCUUAAGAUUUAAUUUAUUUAUUUGACAGAGAGAGAGACAGCCAGCGAGAGAGGGAACACAAGCAGGGGGAGUGGGAGAGGAAGAAGCAGGCUCAUAACAGAGGAGCCUGAUGUGGGGCUCGAUCCCAGAACGCUGGGAUCACACCCUGAGCCGAAGGCAGAUGCUUAACGACUGCGCCACCCAGGCGCCCCACUUUUGGAAAAGAUUGAUCAAUGUGGAGCACUAACAUGCAGUGGGAUUUUGCUAAGAAUUGUCACAUUAAUUUAGUUGUUGAACAAAAGGUAUUCUGUUUCAACCUUUUGUUUGAAAAUUCAGUAUUUUUGUUUCAGUAAUCUGUUUCAAUAUUUUGCAUAGUCCUUCUGCGCCUGUUGGUCACUUAGCUAGGUCCUAACUUGUUUUGUGCCCUGCUAUGGCAAUGCAGAAUGUAUGCUAACGCAGAAAAAGCUUUGGGUGCAAAGUGGAAAAUAAAGAGUGCAAAAUGGUUUGUGUGAUUCUAUCCAGUGAAGUCAAAAUAUGUACAUAAAUGGACAAAGUCCAGACAGAGAUGUGGAGGAAUGAACAGAGUUUAUUUGUCAGAGUUAUCUGAUUAUGUGUGAUUUUCUGCCUUUUGCCAUUUUGUUUGGUAUUGCCAAACAAUUUGCCAUUUUCUUUAUUAUUUGCCAUUUUGUAUUGGCGAUCAGUAGAAAUCAGACAACCCCAAGGGACAUCAAGUUUCUUUGACCAGUCGGGGAGGAUUGUGGGCGCCAUGAUGGGAAGGAUACAGUGCAGUAGGUCUUGGGACGGUGGGAAGUGGAGCAGCCCUCGAUGGCCUGGGAAAAGUACCCGCUGUGAGGUGGCCUUGGCAGAGUGGAGACCGCAAGCUCUGAUGUGUAUCACCACCAUCAACGUCAACAUUUAUUGGUUGCUUGCUCUAUUUCCAGCAUCACUCUAGCUCCCAGAUGGUAGCUGUUCACAUCCCUAUGACAGAAGGGGAAACAGAAAUAAGGUAACUUGUCCAAAGUCAUAUGAUUAGAAAGUGGCAGAGUCAAGAUUCGAACUUGAACAACCUGUGAAAGGCACGUGCCACAUUUGCAUGUGGGGGAGCCAUGUUUUCUAAAUUCUCCCCUGGGAGCCAUCUGACGUUCGUCUGAAUCUUUCCCUCUCUCUGGAGCUGAUGAGGGUGGUUGCCUGUCAGAUCUCCUCUCGACUAAGUGGCACCUGAUCGCAUCGGUGUUGUCGCCUUUCUCUGAAGUAGAGAUCCCGCAUCUGGGGUCCGUGUAGACCCUAGGGCUGAUGGAUGUUUCUGGAAGGGCUCUGUGAACAGUCUUGAGCUGGAUGCAGAAUGCGAGCUGGGGCACAAUGUGUCAUCUGGGGCAGCAUCGGUAGCUUUCAUCGCAUUCUGAGGACUAGCUGAUGUAGGGAUGUCACGAGAGCACUGUUUCUCAGUCUUGAUCCGUUGCUCCCUCCAACAAUUAUUGGUAGAGAACCUGAACUCAUUGUACCAGGUGGCUGUGCAUAAGACAGAUGAGGUCUCUGCUCUCCCUGAACAUAUGUCCCAGUAGUGUGGAAGCAGGAUGGCCUUGUGGGUUGUGACAUAUGCAGUCACCCAAGUGUGUGUCCCAGAAAGGUUCUGCAAUUGAAUACUCUGUUGUAUCGAUCUUAAUAUUCUUAAUAAUUUUGAACAAAUGAUCCCCCCCCCUGCAUUUUCAUUUUUCAGGGAGCCCUGCUCAUUAUGUAGCCAGACCCAUGAUGGAGUCAGGGGCCAGGAUAGACAUUAAACAGCUAACUAAAUAAUUACCGAUUUUGGUAGCAUUCUGGGGGAUUUAAAUAGGAUGCUGCUGUAAUAGAUUAACGAGAGGGACCAACCUCAGGGCCUUUCUGAACCUGAUAUUUAAUUUGAGAUGUGAGUCAUUGGAGCGUCCAAGGUGAAGAAUUUAACCAGAGGAGAGCUUCAGUUUAGCUUUGUUUUCACAUAUUUAAGAAAAUAUUUACAAAGGUGUCUGGCUGGCUCC